AAUUCAGAGUAAUGGAUAAUGAUGUAUCCAAAGAUUAUCCAGUGCUUCGUUCAUCAUUGCAGUGCGUCAAGCACUCGCCCAGUCCCGGACUUCCGCUGGUCUACCUCAACACCUUCCUAAGCGCAUCCUUCGCCGAACUCUUCACAUUUCCCCUGGACGUGACGAAGACGCGACUGCAUCUGCAGGGCGAAACUGCGGAAAUGGCGCAUGCCAAGGGUAGCCAAACUCGUGGCAUGUGGGGCACAUUUGCGGGCAUGGCGCGCGAGGAGGGAUUGCGUGGCGUCUAUGGCGGACUUUCGGCCAUGAUUAUACGGAAUUUAUUCUUCAAUGGGCCACGCGUUGUAUUCUAUGAUUUCAUUCGCCGGCAGCUCAUCUAUGUGGACAAUCAGGGCAAGGAAGUGUUGACCGUAUUUCGGGGUUUCCUCUCCAGUUGUCUGGCGGGUUGCACGGCUCAGGCGAUUGCCAAUCCCCUAGAUAUCGUGAAGAUCCGCAUGCAAGUUGAGGGCCGACGCCGUGCCCUUGGAUAUCCGGCACGGGUUAGCAAUGUGAAGCAAGCGUUGGAAUAUAUCUAUAUGCAGGGUGGCAUCAAAAGCAUGUGGAAGGGCGUGGGACCAAGCUGUCUGCGUGCCAUGCUGCUGACAACGGGUGACGUGGCUGUUUAUGACCUCAGCAAGCGGAAUAUAAUCUCUAUGAUUGGCUUAGAAGAUGGCAAGCUUGUGCAGUUCUUGGCCUCAGUCUCCUCGGGAUUGGCAGCCAGUGUGCUGAGCACUCCCACCGAUGUUGUCAAAUCACGAAUCAUGAAUCAGCCGGUGAAUGAAAGGGGUCAGGGCAUGCACUAUAGAAAUGCCUUCGAUUGUUAUUACAAACUGAUUACGCAAGAAGGCAUUAUGGCCAUGUAUAAAGGCUUUCUGCCAUGCUGGUUACGCGUUGGUCCUUAUAACAUAUUCUUUUGGAUCGCCUUCGAGCAGUUGCUUCGCCUGCAGGGUCAACAUAGUUUUUGAUUCAUACUCUGAUCGUCUUUGUGUGUGAAUGCAGAUGGAAAAGUGGAGAAGUGUGAUCGGCUUAUCGAUUAGUAAUUAAAAAGUUGCCCAGCCCUGGUUGUAAAUUGGAAUGCAAAUUCAAAUUGAAAACAAUGCAAGGCCAGUCAGUGGCGUCACCUAGGCAGAUACAUAUAUAUUUGUAUUGUGGCAUCAAAAUCGUAAAAAAUUACAUGUGCCUUGGAAAAUUUGCAUAUUUUAUUAAAUGAAUUAAUGUAUGUGUGUUGAGUUUUGUGUUGAUUUCUAGCCGCUCUUGCCCCGCAGACAAAUAAUUUAAAUUUUGCCGUUAGAGCUUUAAAAGUCAGAAAGAAAAAAAAAACAGCGAACAACACACGCGCCACAAAUUGACGUAGAAAGGCGACGUACGAGAGGCGGAGGAAGCGUUACAAAAAGACAAGUUUUUUCAAUAGCAAUAGCAACAACGACAAUAAUAAUAAUAUUGUGUGUGAUUAAUUGUGCAACCGAUAAUAAAAAAAGAGCCGAGUUGGGUCUGAGAUGCUGCUUAUUUUCACCAAGUAGAAAAAUGAAACUCAUUUAAAAAGCGAAAGUGCCGAACAUUCACACAGAAAUUGUCGAAUUCCAUCUUCACAAUAACGUGAGAGUAUUGGUGAAUAUGUUAUCUGUGUGUGUGAUACGCGCGUAGCUUCAGCAAAAAUGUAGGAAAAAUAUUUUCUCAAUAUUUCUGGGUCGCAAGAAUGUGUAAUUUGGGUCAAUGUUGUGCUUCUCGCCCAAAGAAAUGUCGAAAAUGACAAUUGCUGAAAGAAAAGCAGCUGCGAAAAUGCAAAAAAAAACAAAAAACGAACGUCGAGCAAAAAAUAAACCGCAGAGAACAACGAUUUUUUGCAUGUGUUGAACAUACAUAUAUUAUUUAUGAAAUAAUUGCGCAAUUGCGUCAUGCAUUUAUAGAUAAAAAUGCGUUGACAAUUUUGCCUAGAGCAAUGCCUUUUAAAUUAAUUAACAGCUGACUCAAAGAAUGCCUUAAAUGUAGCGCAAACCAAAAGAUAUUUUAAACAGCGCAACACGUCGAUAACUAGGUUCAUUGAUCUAUCGAUUUGCCGUCUCCAGCAGCAAGCGAACGAACAAAAGAACAACCUGCGGCACAAACAAUAAUAAUGAGAAAUAAAAACACUUUACAUAUUUUUUAUUUUUAUGAGCAGAAUUUUUUCCAUGCUCUGUUUUUUAUUUCAAUAGUAUUAAAGUAUCGUAUUAUAUAUGUUUCUCAUUUCUUUUUUGUUUUCUUUUUAAUUUUAUAUUAUAUUCAAUAUUUAUGCAUUCAUUCUUGUCAUGAAUUUUGCUUUUUGACGCUUGUACGUAAAAUGUUUGGGGGGACGAAGGGAAAAA